UGCAACUUUUCAAGCGCCCACUUGAACUGUUAGCCGGUGGCCACUGAAUACACGAGGAGAAGCUCGUAACUAUUUCCCUCAACAUUUAAGAUAUUUUAAAUAGCAUUCGUUUUUACCACAUUUUCGUUCAGACUUGCCCUCCUUGUUCGCUAUUUGCCUCCCGUGCCAUUUUAUGAACAGUGUGACUUUAGGUUACUAUGACCAAAAUCUUGUUGGCUUGCGGCGUGGUUAAAUCUCUGAGACAAGGAUGGAUGAUUUGCAGGGAAGUGAGGAACACGUCAGGCUGGCCGCGACUUCAGUCUGCGAAACUUUUUAGUGUCAAGGCACAGACGGCGCACCUGGUCUUGGAGGAUGGUACCAGGAUGAAAGGGUUUUCCUUUGGGCACAAUGGCUCUGUAGCUGGGGAACUUGUCUUCAAUACUGGCCUGGUGGGGUACCCUGAGGCCCUAACUGACCCCAGCUACAAAGGUCAAAUCCUGACCUUGACAUACCCCAUUGUGGGAAACUAUGGCGUACCCAACACCCAGGAGCUGGAUGAGCUUGGCCUGAGAAAACACGUGGAGUCKGCAAACAUCCAGGUGUCCGGUCUUCUUGUUCAAGACUACAGCCAUGAAUAUAGCCACUGGAAUUCUGUCAAGUCUUUGGGUCAGUGGCUACAAGAAGAGCAGGUCCCUGCACUGUUCGGAAUAGACACAAGGAUGCUGACCAAGAUCAUCAGAGACRAGGGCACCGUUUUAGCAAAGAUUGAAUUUGAUGGACAGCCUAUAGAAAUAUCUGAUCCCAACCAGAAAAACCUUAUAGCCGAAGUUUCAACCAAGGAAAUCAAAGUUUUUGGAAAAGGGAACCCAAUAAAAGUUGUGGCUGUGGACUGUGGCAUUAAGCAUAAUAUAAUCCGGCUGCUGGUUAAGCGAGGCACAGAGGUCCACCUCGUACCGUGGGACCAGGACUUGCUGAGCUUAGACUAUGAUGGCUUGUUUAUAUCAAAUGGACCAGGAGACCCAUCACUGGCUGAAACACUCAUCAACAAUGUCCGCAAGGUGCUUGAGAGUGAUCKGCCUCAGCCGGUGUUUGGGAUCUGCAUGGGCAAUCAAAUCACRGCUCUGGCAGCAGGRGCAAAGUCAUAUAAACUGCCAAUGGGUAACAGAGGCCAGAACCAGCCAGUGCUGAAUGUGAUGACAGGACAGGCAUUCAUUACAGCGCAAAACCAUGGUUACGGCAUAGACAGCAAGUCCCUUCCAGCAGGCUGGAGCCCACUUUUUGUCAAUGCUAAUGAUGGCACCAAUGAGGGCAUCAUGCACAACACUAAGCCUGUUUUCACGGCCCAGUUCCAUCCGGAGGCUAAGGGUGGUCCCACUGACACUGAGUUUCUAUUUGACACCUUCAUAUCCUUGAUAAAGAAUGGAAAGGACACUAACAUUGUGUCAGUGAUGCCCAAGAACCCCUGCAUCCCCCCCAGAGCACAGGUUUCAAAGGUGCUGGUGCUGGGGUCAGGUGGUCUGUCUAUAGGCCAGGCUGGUGAGUUUGACUAUUCUGGAUCUCAAGCUAUUAAGGCCAUGAAGGAGGAAAACUUGAAGACAGUGCUGAUGAACCCUAACAUAGCAUCUGUUCAAACCAAUGAAGUGGGCUCCAAGCAGGCGGACUCUGUCUACUUCCUGCCAGUGACUCCACAGUUUGUAACAGAAGUGAUUAAAACCGAGCGUCCUGACGGGAUUCUGCUUUCUAUGGGUGGACAGACUGCACUUAACUGUGGAGUGGAAUUAUUUCAGCGUGGCAUUUUGGAGCAGUAUGGGGUGGAAGUCCUCGGGACCCCAGUGGAAUCCAUCAUGGCCACAGAGGACAGGCAACUUUUUGCUGAUAAACUUAUGGAGAUCAAUGAGAAGAUUGCACCCAGCAUUGCUGUGGAGUCAGUGUGUGAUGCCUUGAAAGCAGCGGAGAAAAUAGGGUAUCCGGUGAUGUUACGAUCAGCCUAUGCCCUGGGAGGUCUGGGGUCUGGUCUGUGCGCUAACAAAGAAAAAUUGGAAGAAACUGCCCAGAAGGCCCUGGCCAUGAGCAGUCAGAUUCUGGUGGAGAAAUCUUUACUUGGCUGGAAGGAGGUAGAAUAUGAGGUUGUGAGAGAUGUGGCUGAUAACUGCGUUACGGUUUGCAACAUGGAGAAUUUUGAUCCACUGGGCAUUCACACAGGCGACUCCAUAGUCGUAGCACCAAGUCAAACAUUGUCCAAUGAGGAGUACCACAUGCUCCGUGAGACGGCUAUUAAGGUGGUGCGUCACCUUGGAAUUGUGGGCGAGUGCAACAUCCAAUACGCUCUGCAUCCAUCAUCGCUGGAAUACUGCAUCAUUGAGGUUAAUGCCAGGCUCUCAAGAAGCUCAGCWUUAGCAUCCAAAGCUACUGGUUACCCCUUGGCAUUUGUAGCUGCUAAGCUAGCUCUGGGAAUCCCUUUGCCAGACAUCAGAAACGCCGUAUCAGAGAAGACCACAGCCUGCUUUGAGCCAAGUUUAGACUACAUUGUCACCAAGAUUCCCCGCUGGGACCUGGACCGCUUCCAGGGCAUGUCAUUGGAAAUAGGCAGUGCCAUGAAAAGUGUUGGAGAGGUGAUGGCGGUGGGUCGAACGUUUGAGGAGAGUGUGCAGAAGGCCUUGAGGAUGUGUCAUCCAUCUGUGGAUGGCUUUGUUCCCAGACUGCCACUCAAGAAAGCCUGGGGCAACACACAGAACCUUCAGCAGGAGCUGGCUGUGCCCUCCAGCACCCGCAUCUUCUCCCUUGCCAAGGCGCUGCAUAAGGGUAUGAGUGUUGAUCAGAUUCAUCAGCUCACGGCCAUAGAUAAGUGGUUCCUCCACAAACUUCGCAGAAUAACACAGUUGGAGCAAAACCUUGGAAACUAUAGCAGCGAGACAGUACCCAAGGAGCUGUUAUUGAAAGCAAAGCAGGACGGCUUCUCAGACCAGCAGGUCGGUCAGAUUCUUGGCUGCAAUCAGACAGCUGCUAGAGAGCUGAGGGUCAGUAAUGGCAUCAGACCCUGGGUAAAACAAAUUGACACAUUAGCAGCUGAGUACCCAGCAAUGACCAACUACUUGUACUGCACAUACCAUGGUCAGGAGCAUGACCUGGAAUUUAAAGAUCAGGGCAUCAUGGUUCUUGGUUGUGGACCUUAUCACAUUGGUAGCAGCGUUGAGUUUGACUGGUGUGCAGUGUCCUGUAUUAGGGCCUUGAGACAAAUUGGAAAGAAGACGGUUGUGGUCAACCACAACCCCGAGACUGUCAGCACUGACUUUGAUGAGUGUGAUCGUCUUUACUUUGAAGAGUUGACCCUGGAGCGCAUCCUUGAUAUCACCCAACAGGAGGAGUGUUCUGGUAGUAUUGUGUCUGUGGGAGGUCAGAUCCCUAACAACUUGGCCAUCCCUUUGCACAAGAGUGGAGUAAAGAUUCUGGGGACGAGCCCCCUGCAGAUUGAUCGGGCUGAGGAACGUUCUGUCUUCUCCAGCAUUCUUGACAAUCUUGAAGUGGCCCAAGCUCCAUGGAGGGCACUCAGUUCACUGGAAGAUGCCUUUGCAUUUGCCAACCGGGUGGGCUACCCUUGUUUACUUCGGCCCUCGUAUGUUCUUAGUGGCUCUGCAAUGAAUGUUGUCUACGGGGAGGAAGAAAUGAAACGCUUCUUGGAAGAGGCUACACAGGUUUCCCAGGAGCAUCCAGUUGUCAUCACAAAGUUCAUACGUGGUGCCAGGGAGGUAGAAGUGGAUGCUGUAGCUAACAAUGGCAAGGUCCUUGUCCAUGCCAUAACAGAGCAUGUAGAAGAUGCUGGUGUCCACUCAGGAGAUGCCACCUUAAUGCUCCCGACCCAAACCAUCAGCCAGGGAGCUCUAGAGAAAGUCAAAAUUGCUACCCGGAAAAUUGCACAAGCGUUUGAAAUUUCAGGACCCUUUAACACCCAAUUUCUGGUUAAAGGCAAUGAUGUCAUGGUGAUAGAGUGCAAUCUGCGGGCAUCACGAUCAUUUCCUUUUGUAUCAAAAACAAUCGGUGUGGACUUUAUCAAUGUGGCAACAAAAGUGAUGGUGGGGGAGCCUUUAAACGAGUCCCGCCUGCCUUCACUGGAGAAACCAAUCAUUCCGGUAGACUAUGUAGGAAUCAAGGCACCAAUGUUCUCUUGGCCGCGACUGAGGGAUGCAGACCCUGUUCUUCGUUGUGAGAUGGCUUCCACCGGAGAAGUAGCUUGUUUUGGACCAAACAUUUAUUCAGCCUUCCUGAAGGCCAUCCUCUCCACAGGCUUUAAGCUGCCACAGAAGGGCAUCCUGAUUGGAAUUCAGCAAUCUUUCCGACCGAAUUUCCUUGCCACGGCACAUCAGCUGAAAGAAGAAGGCUUUAAGCUCUAUGCUACUGAAGCCACUUCAGCCUGGUUGUGUGCCAAUGACGUACCUGCCAUUCCAGUAGCCUGGCCAUCUGAAGAAGAAGGAAACACAACAUUGCCCAGUAUAAAAAGAUUGAUCAGUCAGGGUCAUAUUGACCUGGUUGUGAACUUGCCCAAUAACAACACGCGACAUCUGAAGGAUAACUUCCUGAUCCGCAGAAUGGCUGUUGAUCAUGGAGUUCCCCUCAUUACAAAUUAUCAGGUGGUCAAGUUGUUUGCUGAAGCUAUUCGUUAUGCAGGCGUUCUUGACACAACAAGCCUGUUCCAUUACCGACAGAAGGAAAGCCAACCAAAAGGAGCCAGUCAGCGAUGAUGGAGCCUCCUUCCUUUGUGUGCAUCUUUGAUUUAGCUAUAAAAAGAGAUCGUUCCCAAUAUAAUGAGGCUACAGAAGCUCAAAAUGCAUACAUUAGAAUAAAAUAACACCAGAAUCAGAUAAGUUCUUUAAAACAUAAUAAUAUACAGUACUAAAUCUGGUCAGUUGGAUCCUAUGAAUACUUCACGGAAUGCCUGAAUGAAAUUUUUUUAGAAACAACCUCAAACAGAACAGGCUUUUACCAAGAAAGCCCAUUAUAACAUUUACAUUGUGCAUUUGUUACUCUGACAAAAAUUGAUAGUGGGGCAAAUGUUUCCCUGAUAUUUCACAAAAGCCUAAUCAUCAAUUUUUCAAAGAAGUCAGAUGUUAUGGUUGAUUAAAGUUAUGAUCCACUGUUCAGAUGCAAAACAUGGCAGCCAAAAUUUUUGGUAGAUUUUCAAUGGCUAAUUAAUUAAUUUGGUAUGGAUACUUAUUCUUUAGAGAAAAUGGACAGAUCUGUAGUCCGGGAGAAUAUCACUUAAAAAAAUACUAAUAAUAACCACUCACGUCUUAAUCAUUCACAUUUUCCUGAACUACUGAAUUAAGCACGUUUCUUUUUAAGACUUACUUUUGCUCCCAAUUGAGAUCUUGUUUAUAAUUUUUUUUAUGUGUGUGAGAUGAUACAACCACUGUAGAUAAGCUAGCUGUGUGCGCAUGUUUUUUUAAUUUAUUUUAUCCUAUUUCAAUCAAUUAUAGGAAGAUAAUUUACAUUUUAAGAAUUUCAAGUGGGGAAUUCUAGCCCUGUGAUCUGGUUAAAUAUUUAGAUGUGGUUUGUGUAUAGCAUUUAUUUUAUUUAUAAAAUUACCUUUUAUGUAAACAAACCUCAACACAUUUAAAUUUCCACAAAUAAGCAAUGGUAUCCGAGUUACUAAUUACUUUGUUUUCUUCACCGUUUGUGUGUUUGACCCCAAAAUAAUUUCUCACAUUCUCAAAUUUCCAUAUUUAUAACCGAGACUGUUUUGGAGAAAAUGAAUAUGGAAUAAAAUUUGAUUACUUUCCCUCCCA